UGUUUAUAACAGAUCUAGUGCGACAUCUAGUGGCACAAAUAUGAGUUUCAGGUCACUCCACUGACAGUGCACUGCGUGAAUCCGCACCACGAGCAGCUCUGUGCGGGUCUAUGAUGCUGAGACUGGGUUUCGCGUGGUCUACAUCAUCAAACACCACCAAACACAUCGCACAGGCCAGGCUCUUCACCGGAUCCCUUCUGCGAAAAGACACUCCUUAUACUUUAUAUAACAGUCGGUGCUCUGGACUACCACAAGCCCUCCAGUUUGGCCAGAAGUCAGUGCUUGCCAGUACCGGACUGUCCUGGGACAGCUUCAGGUCUUCUGGAGCGGUUUUCUUCAGCAUGGCAUCUGGGAGUGAUGGACCGGACACAUUAAAGUCCCCAAAACACACCAAUCGCCUGAGUAAAGAGAAGUCUUCCUAUCUAUUACAACAUGCACACAACCCUGUGGACUGGUAUCCUUGGGGACAAGAAGCCUUUGAUAAAGCGCAGAGUGAAGACAAGCCCAUUUUUCUUUCAGUGGGUUAUUCCACCUGUCACUGGUGUCAUGUGAUGGAGAGGGAAUCGUUUGAAGAUGAGGAGAUUGGAAAAAUCCUCAGUGAGAACUUUGUCUGUAUAAAGGUGGACAGAGAGGAGAGGCCUGAUGUGGACAAAGUUUACAUGACAUUUGUGCAGGCAACUAGUGGCGGUGGUGGCUGGCCAAUGAGCGUGUGGCUCACACCAGAUCUCAGGCCAUUCAUAGGUGGCACUUACUUCCCACCCAGAGACAGUGGAAGAAGACCUGGGCUGAAAACUGUGCUUUUACGAAUUAUAGAACAAUGGCAGAGCAACAGAGAAACCCUGAAGUCUACUGGAGAGAGAGUACUGGAAGCCCUCAGGAAGGGGACAGAAAUCUCUGCCAGCCCUGGAGAAACUCUUCCAUCAGGCCCAGAUGUUGCCAACAGAUGUUACCAGCAGCUGGCUCACUCAUAUGAGGAAGAAUAUGGAGGUUUUCGAGAGGCUCCGAAGUUCCCUUCACCAGUGAACCUGAUGUUCCUGAUGUCAUUUUGGACAGUAAAUCGCACCAGCUCUGAGGGAGCAGAAGCACUGCAAAUGGCCCUUCACACUCUCCGAAUGAUGGCAUUGGGGGGCAUUCAUGACCAUGUGGCACAGGGCUUUCACAGAUACUCCACAGACUCCUCCUGGCAUGUUCCUCACUUUGAAAAGAUGUUAUAUGACCAAGCCCAGCUUGCUGUGGCCUAUAUCACUGCUUACCAGGUGUCUGGGGAAUGCCUAUUUGCAGAUGUGGCUCGUGACGUGUUGCUUUACGUCUCCAGAGACCUAAGUGACAAGUCUGGUGGCUUCUAUAGCGCUGAGGAUGCAGAUCCUUUCCUACGGUGGAAUCCACUGAGAAGAGAGAGGGAGCGUUGUGUGUGGACAGCAGGAGAGAUCAGAGAGCUGCUUCCUGACAUCGUGGAAGGCGCCGCAGGAGGCGCAACACAGGCGGAUAUCUUCAUGCAUCAUUAUGGUGUGAAAGAGCAAGGCAACGUGGCCCCCGAUCAGGACCCCCAUGGAGAGCUGCAGGGUCAAAAUGUGCUGAUUGUACGUUACUCAGUGGAGCUCACCGCUGCUCACUUUAGCAUCAGUGUGGACAGACUGUCCGAACUGCUGUCUGAUGCCAGGGCCAAGCUGGCCGAGGUGCGAAAAGCACGCCCACCUCCUCACCUGGACACCAAAAUGCUAGCUUCCUGGAACGGGCUGAUGUUGUCCGGGUUUGCACGUGUAGGAGCCGUGCUGGGCGACAAGGCUCUGCUGGAAAGAGCUGAGCGGGCAGCUUGUUUUCUCCAAGAACACCUGUGGGACGAAGAGGGCCAGAGGAUUCUCCAUUCCUGUUAUCGUGGAAAUAAUAUGGAGGUGGAGCAAGUUGCAUCUCCCAUCGCAGGCUUCCUGGAUGACUACGCCUUUGUGGUGUCUGGGGUGCUGGACCUGUUUGAGGCCACGCAAAGGGUCCGCUGGCUGCAGUGGGCCGAAGGACUCCAGCUGAGGCAGGAUCAGCUCUUCUGGGAUUCCCAUGGCAGCGGCUACUUCUGCAGCGACCCCUCAGAUCCGACAGUGCUGUUAGCUCUCAAACAGGAUCAGGACGGUGCUGAACCCAGUGCGAACUCUGUCUCGGCCAUGAACUUGCUGCGACUCUCCCACCUCACAGGCCGGCAGGACUGGAUACAGCGCUCGCAGGAAUUACUGACUGCCUUCUCUGAUAGACUGAUUAAGGUGCCAAUUGCCCUUCCAGAUAUGGUCCGCAGUGUCAUGGCCCAGCAUUACACCCUCAAACAGGCAGACUCCAGUUAGAGCUGAGAUGAGGAUGGACCAUUGAUCAAGAGACUCAGUUCUCAAUGAUUUUCCUGUUCCAUCUGGUGUAGAUGUCCUGUGGGUUGACCGAUACACCCGCGGUGUUAUAUGCAGCUGAGCGCACCACCCUCUGCAUGUCCUUGCAGUCCAAUAUUUUGCUGCUACUGUACUGGAUAGUAAUACAGCCUGACAGGAAGCUUUCAAUUGUGCACGCAAGUUUAAUGAUCUCAGCAUCUGGAGAGCCAUCCUGAACUUCCCUAGGCAUGUUUGGGCCACGCUAAGCCUUCUGGAAGAUUCAGUUAAAGGCCCUAUUGAUCAUAGAGGUGUCAAAACCAGCCAGUGAAGCUGGUUGACAACAAAAGUCUUGCUGGUUAAGAAAUCUGGCAGGGAAAACAACAAAUCAGCAUGCGAGACACAACAUAUGCUGGUGACAAACCGUGGCUGGAUGUAAUAAAGUCCCACUGAAGAACCUCCUCACUUCAUGCUCUGGAAACCUGGAAGUGAACUUCUCUCCGGUGGGGACUGUCACUUCUGAAUGCAUCAGCCUUGAGGAAAGGCUGAGUAGAUUGAGUGUGUUUGCCAUGCUGAAUGAUUUUCUCAGACUUGCCAUAUGUUCUUAUGUCAUAUAACAGGAAAUAAGUACCUUGCAUCACAUUUUGGAUUCAUCUGGUCAUUGGAUGCUUUUUGUAUUCAUUGAUGUUUCCAACCAUGUUUAAUGCUGUAAUAAACAAAUGUUGUAUAAUUUUAGGAGCUCAGAUGUGAAAAUACUGUAAUGUCCAUACUGUAUACAUGCACUGUAGUUCAAAGUUAUAGUUUUUAUUUAUGUUUUUAAAAGAAGUGUUUCAUGUUCUGCAUUUAUUU